GACUCGAGUCAGUUCAUCUCUCGACGUCGUGGCGAGCAUAUCCCGUUGUUGCUUCGCGUUGGCUUCCUCCUUGUGUUUCGACAUAAACAUACAUAGAUAUGUGUCAUACUUCUUACCUCUAGCCACUCCAUUUCAACAUCAUCAGCAAAUUGUGUACUAGUGCGAGCAGCUGUUUUCAUCUAGAUUUUAUUUAUUCAUCAUCCCGUGCCGCAAUAAUCGUGAUCGGAAUGGUUCUAAGCCUAAUUGUAUAUGGAGUGCAUUCAUAAGCUUGUUGAUCGAGCGAAAUUGUGCAAAUUGAGUCGUCCAAGAAGUGCUGCUUCCAUUUUACCAACAAACGCAAAGCACAAUGCAAUUAUUCGUCAAUGUUUGAGAGGUGCAAUUGUGGCAUUAUUCGCUCAUCUACCGUGUGCAGUGGAGAUAGCAGUGUGCCCUUACAAGUGUAAUAUAAGAAAGAAGCAUUGUGCACUCAAUUUGUGCCAAUCUACAAUAACAACCCUGGUCGGGUAGCAGUGCAUGAUCUGACGGAGAAAAAUUGGAAAUCAAUUGUCUGGCGUAGCGUGACAGAGUUUUGCUUCCACGCAAAGCCACUCAUUAUCAUCCGGAGGGAGAUAAUUGCGGAAGAGACUGGCUGACCCAUACCGUUGGAUCGCAAUGCCAGAUGGCAUUACCGCCCGAAAUGGCCCAUCAUUCAGUGAACCUUACGAGAACAGAAACAUUUGUAAUGGAGGAAGUGCAACCACACAGCUUUACCAACAGCAGCAGCAACAAAAGCACCAGUAUAUCACCAGUACCCCACCCACCUCGGCAUCUUCUUCACCCGCUAAGAAAUCAUUUCCGUCAACUCCGACGCACAACUUUAGCAGUGCAACAUUCUCCACUGGAGCAGGAGGAGGAGGAGGAGCAAGUGCAGGAUGUUGCAACGGAGAGUUCAAGCUCUGUGGAUACGACGGCGGCAAUGGAGAGGACUGCAGCACCGGCAGUGUUGGCACAUCACCGGCGGAAAUUUUUGGGGUAUUGGGAUUUUGGCUAAAACUGCGACACGACUUGAAGUCCGUUCCCUGGAAACAAUUGAGGGCGAUCAAGAUGAAAAAUGCACGUGCUGCACCAGGCUGUGCCUACAUUCCCACUAAGAUCGAACACAUUGCCAACGUCAUCACGCAUGGUCUCUGGGUGCUUCCAUCGGUAUACGCCGGGUUGAACCUGUUCUUCCGAAGCUACACAGGCGCACAGAUGCUGUCUGCCAUAAUCUACGGGAUUGCUCUGACGAUGCUGUUCUUCGUAUCCACCUUCUUCCAUUGUGUGUUCUACUGCAACCGGAAUCGCCAACUAAAGGACGUACUGCACCGCUGUGAUAGGGCUAUGAUUUACAUCUUCAUCGCCGGAUCGUACUACCCAUGGCUCAGCCUAGGACACACUUCCCAUCCACAGAUAGUAUCGGUGGUCAAGUGGUGCGUCUGGGUUAUGGCUGUCCUGGGUAUCAUAUACCAACAGAUAUUUCAUGAACGUUACAAAUGCUUAGAAACCUUUUUCUACACAGUUAUCGGUGUAGUUCCGUCGCUGGUGAUAGUCUGUUGGGGCCAUGAGUUUACAGGAAUGACUGAGUUGAAAUUGGGCGGACUUCUCUACAUUGUAGGAAUUGGUUUCUUCAAAUCCGAUGGAAUCUUCCCGUUUGCCCAUGCUAUUUGGCAUUUAUUCGUAGUCAUGGCUUCCACCGUGCACUAUUUCGCAAUACUCAAUCAUCUGUACCCGGUGGACGUAGUUGGUACCACUUAAAAAUGAACUUCUGUACCCAGAACGUGCUUUCGAUUUAGUUAAUUAGUGAUAUUGUCCAUGAUCACCAAAAAUGUUGACAUUUAAAACGCUAAAAGCGGUUAGGUAAAAAUGUCGAAUUAUGAUUAUUCCCUUCGUACUGUAUUAUUCCCUGUUUCAAGGGAAGUUUAUGAUUUUGUUCGGAUGUUACAUCACUGUCCCAGACCCUAUGUCGAAUACGAUAAUUGUCCUUUGGUGUUCAUUUUCCUUAUCUAUUACACACCGAUACAGCAUACCAAGUACAACCUAAAUAUAGCAGAUUGUAAACAGAAAACACACGCAGGUCCGUUACCAAAAAUAAUAUCCACUUCCGGUAUUGAACCACCGAACCAUCUCGAAUAUAGCCCUACUGAGCUGAAAGCGAAAAACAUCGUACCAUCGGUUUUGUUUCUAGUAGGAAAAUUGUGAUAUUCUUUUUUGUUCUAGGAAUAUUUUAAACCCAUUUUAGAUUUAAUUUAGGUUUCCUGAGUGGAAGAAAAAUAUACUAAAAAAUUGCGUAAAUACUGGAAUAGUUCAGGAAUUGACAUUCUUUAUUAAUUCCCGUCAUCUGCAGUUUAAACCAAAUACUCAUUUGUUGUAAGAUACAGCAACUUAUAUGACUCAAAACAACAAUUACCAUAAUCCAUAAGGGGAAUAGAAAUAGCCAUGUAGUAAACUGACACGUAUCAGAUCAAUUUCUAUUAGACAAAAAGAAUAAACAGAUUAGAAAAUGCAACUAUGUAUGUAACUGUACCACCUAUACUAUAGAAAAAGUUACUAUUUUGAACACAUUCUGUGAAAUAUAUCCCACACCUUCUGGAAUAGGCCCCAUGUCACAACUGAGAACAAAUAUAAAAGAAAAAUGAA